CUUUAAACGCCUCUUCCUCAUUAAGAGUAGAGUUGUAUUCACGUGUGGUUGUGUCCCUUCCCAAAAUAGGUCACACAACCCACUUCCAUUCAAUUCGUGAAAUAACUCUCCUAUAAAAAAAUCCAAAAAAAAUAUAAAAUUGCAAAAAUACAACCAAAAAAAUCGUAAAACUGUUGCUGAAAACCGCGAUACUUAAAGAAAUUGUGGAAAAAAAUAGUAAUUGCUUUACGAAGAACGACGUGGUCCGAGGGCAAGCCAUAUUGAAAGAAUCGAGGGAAAGCACAAAGUUGAGAAAUUUUCAUCUAUAAGGGCCCGCAAGACCAGGUAAAAAAUAAAAAUGAAUCCAGGAGCUCCCAAUUACCCAAUGGCUUCGCUUUACGUGGGAGAUUUGCACACUGAUAUUACCGAGGCAAUGCUUUUUGAAAAGUUUUCAUCGGCUGGCCCCGUACUUUCCAUUCGUGUAUGUCGGGAUAUGAUUACGAGACGAUCUCUCGGUUACGCAUAUGUCAACUUUCAACAACCUGCUGAUGCCGAACGCGCGUUGGAUACUAUGAAUUUCGAUAUGAUCAAAGGGCGGCCUAUAAGGAUAAUGUGGUCCCAACGUGAUCCUUCUCUUCGGAAAUCUGGCGUUGGGAACGUUUUUAUUAAAAAUUUAGAUAAAAACAUUGACAAUAAAGCAAUGUAUGAUACAUUUUCUGCUUUCGGUAAUAUUCUUAGCUGCAAAGUUGCUCAAGACGAGUCAGGUGCAUCUAAGGGAUAUGGCUUUGUCCAUUUUGAAACAGAAGAAGCCGCUAACAAAUCUAUUGACAAAGUUAACGGAAUGCUGUUGAAUGGGAAGAAGGUAUAUGUCGGUAAGUUUAUCCCUCGUAAAGAACGUGAAAAAGAAUUGGGAGAAAAAGCGAAACUUUUUACCAAUGUUUAUGUAAAGAAUUUCGGAGAAGACAUGACCGAUGAUAAGUUGAAAGAAAUGUUUGAGAAAUAUGGGACCAUCAUAAGUCAUAAAGUGAUGAACAAGGAUGACGGGAAAUCUCGAGGUUUCGGUUUUGUCGCCUUUGAAGAUCCUGAUGCCGCUGAACAGGCUGUUUUAGAAUUAAAUGGAAAAGAAGUGGCAGAAGGAAAAUGUAUGUAUGUAGGUAGAGCUCAAAAGAAGGCGGAACGUCAACAAGAAUUGAAGAGAAAGUUUGAACAAAUGAAGAUAGAACGGUUAAACCGUUAUCAAGGUGUUAAUCUUUACGUUAAGAAUUUGGAUGACACCAUCGACGAUGAACGUCUAAGAAAAGAAUUUACACCUUUUGGUACCAUUACCUCUGCUAAAGUUAUGAUGGAAGAAGGACGUAGCAAAGGAUUUGGCUUUGUAUGCUUUUCUGCCCCGGAAGAAGCAACUAAGGCUGUAACAGAGAUGAACGGUCGUAUAGUAGGUACUAAACCGUUGUACGUUGCUUUAGCUCAACGUAAAGAAGAUCGCAAGGCUCAUCUUGCUUCGCAAUAUAUGCAACGCAUGGCUAACAUGCGUAUGCAACAAAUGGGUCAAAUAUUCCAACCUGGUGGCGCCGGCAGUUAUUAUCUACCAACUAUUCCUCAACCACAAAGAUUUUAUGGACCGGCACAAAUUUCCCAAAUUCGUGCGACACCACGUUGGCCGGCGCAACCAAAUCAAGUUAGACCUAAUGCGCAAACUGGUAGCUCUGGCUUCGCCGCCAUGCAAGGACCGUUUAGAGCUGCUCCGCGAGCUCCUGCCGCUCAACCUGGUACUAUGCGCAAUACGAUAUCUGCCAGACCAAUUACGGGUCAACAAACGGUAGGCAGCGCAAAUAUGCAAGGACGUUCUAUGGCUGGGCAAGCAGUUGGAGUUUCUCCGCAGAGCCGUCCUUCCAAUUAUAAAUACACAUCAAAUAUGCGUAAUCCUCCGCAGGCGAUGGCAGUUCCUGCCCAAGCUCCGGUCCAACAGGCAGUUCACAUUCAAGGCCAAGAACCAUUGACUGCCUCCAUGUUAGCAGCUGCUCCUCCACAGGAGCAGAAACAAAUGUUAGGAGAACGUUUGUUCCCAUUGAUACAAUGCAUGUAUCCGCAACUCACUGGGAAGAUCACAGGAAUGUUGUUAGAGAUCGACAAUUCAGAACUUCUUCAUAUGCUGGAGCAUAAUGAGUCAUUAAAAGCUAAGGUUGAGGAGGCUGUGGCAGUACUGCAGGCUCAUCAAGCCAAGCAGGCUGUUGCUUCGAAAAAAGAGUAAACCGCCAUUCAAUUUAAGCUGUCAUUUUUAUUCUAUUAUUUUAAUUAUCUUUUAAUUUUUUUUCUUCUUUUUAUUUCUUCUUUUUCUUUAUUGUCAUUUUGCAAUUAAUCUUCAGUUGAAAAAUUUCCUUCUAAAAUGCUUUAUGAUGGCUUAAGCGAUUGUUAUGUAAUGGCGAGGAACAACAAAGUUAUAUUUGAAAGCUAAUAUUGAUCGCGAGACGAUUUUCUUCAAGUUUUAUGAUAAUAAAUUUUUCUUUGAUGGUAGAAA